AAGUAAGUUUUUAAAUUAAAACCAGUACAGCUUGUAAUUACAACUGUUAUGGUUGACUCCUUCAAGUUCCUGUUUUAAACAUUGACAUUGACUGUAUUCAAAGACCACUGAUAACAUUUAGCUUUAAUUCCUAUUAAAAUGGCCGAGAAAAGAAAUAUAAAGAUCGGUAUAAUCGGAGGCUCUGGGUUCGAUGACCCAGAUCUAUUUGAAAAUCCAAUACCCCGUGAUGUCGACACUCCAUUCGGGAAACCCUCGGACGUUCUUCUAGAAGGAUCUAUUAAAGGAGUGUCUUGCGUCCUAUUAGCGAGACACGGAAGAAAACACCAAUAUCAACCGAGCGAUGUCAAUUACCGAGCUAAUAUUUGGGCGUUGAAACAAAUUGGCUGUACACAUAUAUUGGCCACUACCGCCACUGGAUCGCUUGUAGAAAAUUACCGGCCCGGGGAUCUUGUUAUACUGGACGAUUUCAUUGACAGAACAUGGGGUCGUAAGUGUACGUUCUUCGACGGCACAUCGGGUGGACCCCGCGGGGUGUGCCAUUUACCCAUGAGGCCGGCGUUCUGUGAGCGGGCGAGGGGGGCUCUCGUGACGGCCGCGAACGAGGCGGGGCUACGCUGUCACGAGCGAGGGACUGCGGUCACUAUACAGGGACCGAGAUUCUCAAGUCGAGCUGAGAGUCUGAUGCAUCGUCAGUGGGGAGCGCACGUAGUCAACAUGACCACCGUACCGGAGGUGGUGUUGGCUAAGGAAGCUGGGUUGAGCUACGCCGCGGUGGCUCUGGUCACCGACUAUGACUGCUGGAGAGACAACGAGCAGUCGGUGUCAGUGAGCGAGGUGCUGGAGAUGUUCGCGAGGAACAUUAAGAAGGCGAUCCAGGUGAUCGUGGAGGCGGUGGUGCUCCUCGCCGGGGAAAACGACCUAACGUACCUGGACUCACACACGGACCUGGUGUCGUCGGCUGUGAUGCUGAAGGAAUAGAUGCGAGCCACAUUACUUGUUGAAAUAAAACGACGCAUUUGUUUACAAUCUU